AACAAAUACAACUUUUAUUUUGGUGCUUCACUUAGUCAAAAUAAUUUGCAGUUCUUCAAAAAACUUUGGCUAAAACUUAAGCGACUUAGCUACUCUACUUCACUGUCUUCAGAGUUCACCUUUUUAUCUUGAAUUUUCAUGAGUUCUAGGCUAAUGCCAGUGUUGGAAAGUUAAAACAUGGAUUCUGAUACAGCUACUCGUUUUGUUGCAUCCUUGGCUCAGUCAAUUCAAGCAUUAUGUCAUGGAUAUGUAGAUUUUCACUCUAGCAUUGAAGUUAUUGGACACAUUUAUCUAAAUGUUGACAAUGGCUCAAAGUUUAACUACAUCGUCAAUGAAGAGGUUAGCAAAUUUCCCCACACUAACAGAAACUCCUCAAUGUUUCGUACACACAGCUAUUAUUCUGUGCCUCCAAAUAAACUAAACAGUGAGUCACCAUACAGUUUAAGAAAUCUUGAUGCUGAAAUUGUUGUCGUCUCUAACAGUAGUUAUGGACAGGCAACUAAGGAAUGGAACUCUGCUCUUCCAUUAGAUCAACCUGUAAACUUGUCUUCCCCUGCUCAUGUGUCAGUUUUUGACAGUGAACAAAUAAACGCUAAUAGACGAAAAUCUGAAUUGCCAUCCCCUGCAGCUGAUCCUAACCCUAACCUGACUGAGAAAAGUCAAAGUGCAUUAUUAAAUCCUAACCAAAAAAGGAAGAGAAAAAAAAGUGAAACAAAAAAAUAUGUUUACCACAUCGCCUCAAGUGAUGAAGAUGUUGUGGAGAGUAGUGUGUUAAAUAACAAUUUGGAAGCAGAUCUUACUUGUGAUAAUGAAUCUCUAGUAGAUCUAAAUGAUUGUAAGAAAAAGACUACAUCUACCUCUUGCUCAUCUUGUGAUAUAAAAUCUACACCUGCUGCUCCAACCUUAAGUGUGAAUAAAAAGAGAAGGAAAAGUGAACCAUCUAAAUGUGUUCCUCACCUGACCAUGAGAGAUCCAGACACCAAUGACACUAUAUAUAUUCUAAAAUCUGAACCUAGUGAAUCAUAUCAAAAUGCAGUUGUAGAAUCAGACUGCAAUGAACAAGAUGAGUAUGCUGCAGUUAAAAAAGAACUGUAUUUAAAUGAGGACUUUUGUGAACCAUUGUCCAGUUGUGAUUUGAAAGAUGCUUUGUCUUACACUAGUUCAAGAGAUCAAGCCUUGGAGUUUAUAAAAAAUAGUUCAUUAAAUUUUCAGAGAGAUUCUUCUUUAUUGGAUACAUUAAAUGCAUCCUUUUCACCAUCAUCGAAGACUAUAACUACACAACUACGUCAUCAAAUAGUUGAGUAUGCCAACAUAGUUGGAAACAGACCUGCUGCACGUCAUUUUGGUGUGCAUGAAUCAUCUAUCCGCCACUGGAGAAAACGUUUUAUUUAUGGGGAUGCUGCAGUUAAAAAAAAGAAAAAGAAAAAAGAUCUACUCAUAUUUGACAAAGAAAUUGAAAAUGUCCAAAUGGUUGACUCACCAAUAAGUAUUUCAAGUUAGCAGAUAUUAAUAUUAAUUACAAUGCAUUCUUUGCAUAAAAAAUGAAUGCUGUACAAACCUGUAUAAAAUUGCUGCAUUAAUAAGAGAGAGAAAUAUUCUGUUUUCCUUAUCUUUUGUUUAAAAUAAAUGUACAUUUGAAGUUGCUUAUCCAUUUUGACGGUAACCGCACACUUAAUUAUUUUUUGUAUUUAAAAAAAACAUCAACUCUAAGUUUUUAAGUUAUCAUGUUGUUGUUGGCCUUCUUCAGUUGCAGAACUACUUAGAGUUCAUCUGGUAGAGCCCUACUUUGGAGAGACAUUCCUGUCCACAUACAGCAUAUUGGCAUUUGCUUAGGUGCUAAAGGAAACAGACAUUUUUAGGUUAGCUCUUGUUUCUUCCAGAACUGAGACCAUUGCUUUUUUAUUUGUGGGAAGCGUGGUCGAGAGGCUAAGUACACUUCAACUUGGUUUGGCUACCUAUCAAGGGGGCUCAAGGUUUGACACCAGACUCGAGCAGAGUUGUGUUUACUGCACGCCUAAAGGCAGCAUGGAAAACCUUUUCCCAGAUACCCCCAUGGUCCACAAAUGAGAUUGGAGCAUGAGAUUGAGCAUGCUAUAAGCAUGAAAGUAGCGCUACAUAAAAGCUAUAAUUUUUUUUAUCUGUCAAUAGCUUUCUUUGUCACCAUCUCUCUCUGUAUAGGGUAGUCUAGGGCAAUGUCAGCAAUGAUGUCCACAGCUUUGAGGUCCAGUUUGAUAUUCAUAACCUUAAUAGACUAUUAGAUCCAGGUAUAUACAUUUUUAUAUUGACUGAUCUAGAGCUCUAACAAUACUUCUUGUGAUUGACUGUUGUAUUUUGGUUGCUGAUAAUAGCGAUCAGUAGAUGAUAAUGUAAAUAUGAUUUAUAUCUGCAUUUAUUUAUCAAUCUUUUUACAGCAUCACUAUAUCAGUGAAACACUUUUAUUUUUGGUAUUUUUGUAACAAGACUGUUUAGAAAAGUGUUGAAUGUUGUUGAAACUUCAAUCAGUAUUUAUCAUCAAAUUUAUGCCUAUUGGUAAUAGCAUAAAAUUUAUAUCAAUGAUGUGCAUAUUGUGUUAAACAUGAAGUGUCUGUGAUAAAAUGUGGAUUGGAAUAUAUUUGUUCAUUGGAAUGUAUUCGUGAAAACACAAUAAUUUUGUUGAUAAUAAAGUAUUAGUCAGUUAAAACACAA